UCGGGAUGUCGCGAUGGCAGCGCCCAAUGUUGACGAAGUUUCUAUCCAUGUGACGAAGUUCCUGGGCAUUUUGAAGAGCUCGCAAACCCAAGAGUUCCAUGGAUGGAACUCUGUCGCCAUGCGUCGUGCUUGGGACUGGGCGAAGUUCAUCUCGGAGGCUGUGGAGCACCUCGACGACGCUGCCAAGUCGCACUUGAACAACACCUUUCGCUUCGAUGGCGUUCCCUCGUUGUCUUUCUCCGCCGAGUUCACCAUGUCUGUGCUUGAGCAAGCGCCUCACGAGUUUGUGCGGGCCGUCGUGUGCAGCCCGUACCUCGUCACCCAUCCCCUUCGGUCCGAGAUCGUGCAAUGUGUCGUGAGUUAUUACCCCCAACUUCCCCAGCACGUCUCUAGCGACGCCAACUCCACGACUUCAUCCACUCGACUCUUUGCGGACAUCACCACCAGACUAAACUUGACGCGGUCGACGUCUGUAUUAAUGCGCAUCGCCAACAUGCUCACUCAAUCUCAGCCCCCCCUCUCCGUCCGUCUGGGCAGCCGAGAACUGCUGGUUCCUUCUCAUGCAGCAUGGAGAUCCCACCCCGAGACGCUCCACAUGCUGGCGCUGGCGCUUAGCUUUCAACGUCAAGUUCUGGCCCAGGCAGCUCACGACAGGUCGUCGGCGUCGUACUUGGCUCAAGUAGCCGCGUAUUUUAACGACAGCGCGGCCUCCAGGGACUCAUGGAGCAUGGGCAAGUCUGUGGUGGCACAAGCAGCGUUGCUUGACUGGCCCGACAAGUCGCCUUGGAAGCAGCGACUCCUAGAUGUCGUCCAAGUAGCAGUCGCAGACACACCUACGAGGUUCACUUUUACAUCCAUAGCACACAUCUCUAUGAUUGAUGCGAUGAGUAGACUGCUGGAAUUGAGUCCGUGGCUCGCUGGAGAUCUCUGUCGAAGUGUACCGUCCCUUGCCAUGGAGUACGUGCCGUGUCUGUUGGCUUACAGUGGAGCCAACAACUGCCCACCUGCAGCAGAUGUGACAUGGCCGCAUGUGACACUGGACGAACGAUUGGGGUGUUUGGUGGCGGCAAGUCCGAACCUGACGGCAUUCUGCGAAUCGUGUUUGGCCCGCCCUGGACUCCUGGAACCAUGUUGAGCUCCAUUAUUAUUGACAGCUGCGCGUAAAUGCUGCGGUCGGCGGCUAUAGUUGUCUUGAAUUUGAUUGGCUCGUUUCGAUCUUUGGAAGGACUGGAACAAC